UCUUGUUUGUUCACUCAUCAGCUACUUGCCAUGUCGUCAGACUACGUCAAAUCGUUGCUACAGCUACGUCCUGAAGUGAAAAAGGACCCACGCACCAUUGCUUUAUGGCGUAAGAGGCUUCUUCUUGGCCUUGUCUGCUUCAUUGCCAUCAUUCCGGGAUUCUGCUCCACUAUAUAUGUAAGUCUCAGUAUCAUGAAAAAAUAUAAAGUGACAGCAGAAACACCUGACUUUCUGUAUAUGCCCUGAUCUGUUUAAACUACUAGCUUCCAGCCUUGGAAGAGAUAACUGCCGAACUGAACAUACCUUGUUUCACCCUCCUUAGAAGAAGAAUUUUCUUCGUCUGCGGAGGAUCAGCUCGCGCUAAAUGUUUUGUUUGCAGCCGAUCUUUUAUAGCAGCAUUAGCGAUCACUGGUAUGUUCGUCGCUCGGUCUACUUUUUCAGCAUCAUCAUUUACACUGCUGGUUCUCUUGGUGGCUGCUUUGCCUACGAUAUCUAUGUCCUACUCGGCAUGCGCAUUCUUCAAGCAGUGGGCAUCUCAUCAGCUUGGGCUAUCGGUGCUGGUUCUGUAGCUGAUGUAUAUGACGUGGAAGAACGUGGUAAUGCGCUGGGUAUUUACUUUACGGGGCAAUUCGCCGGUCCCUUGUUUGGCCCUAUCUUUGGCGGGUUUCUCGUCGAGCGUUGGGGUUGGCAGUCUGUGUUUUGGCUCCUUUUCGUGAUUGGAUGCAUUCUCUUGCUCCUGGUCGUCUUUGUCAUGGAGGAGACAUACCGCGAGGAAGACAAGUGGGGCAAGAACGGAAUGGUUGAAAUUGAUCCUGACCAGAAAACCGAGGAAACGGCGGUUGAGUCAAAGAUGGUCAAUCCGCUUGCGUCGCUAGCUCUGCUCCGCCAUCCUUUUGUGUUUAUUUGCGCCACUAGCACUGGCUUGGCUUUCGGUGGAAUGUUUGCCAUUGAAAACAUGCUUCCUGAGCUGUAUACCCACCAGUACGGAUUUUCGUCCAGCCUUAUCGGUCUUUCGUUUAUCUCACCUGGUCUCGGUGAGGUGAUUGGCUCGCUGAUUUCUGGAAAACUCUCGGAUAUUUUCCUUGGGCGUGCAAUGGCGAAGCGCGACGGGGUUGCUAUGCCUGAAGAUCGAUUGGCUCCUAAUGUUUGGCCGUGUGCAUUUCUCUUGAAUCCUUUGUCAUUCUUUCUUUGGGGCUGGCCCGUUCAAUUGGGCUGGAACGUCUGGGUAUCGAUCAUUAUGUUUGGCGUCCAAUGUUUCGCUAUGGUCAACGUUUUCAACCCUGUCAUGUCGUAUCUUGUGGACUCUGUGAGUGGUCGUGGUGCUAGUGUCACUGCAGCAGCCAACCUCGUCCGCAUGAUCUGGACGUUUGCGCUUAGUUUGAUCGCUAACCCCAUGACCCAAGCUGUUGGCGCCGGCUGGGUCACGUUCUUCUUUGGCAUGUUGAACUUGGUCUGGGCGUUUUUCGUUCUCGCUUUGAAACUGAAGCCUCAGAUCCGCAAGUACUCGGGCUAUUAAUGAUACCCUUCUCAAGGAAUGACCAGAUCCCUUCAAUAAUAAUGCACACGGUGAGUUUAAUUUAGCUUAAAUUUUAGAACAUGGACUGUUCACUAGGAGCAUUCCAUCGUAAUAAAAUGUUACCAUAAUACUUUUUACUUUUAUAUCAUCAC